AUGUACCGACCUGCUGUCAUUCUGCGGAAAAGUUUGGCAUGUAAAGGCAGUGACCACUGUCUGGAGCAAGCAUUUUCGGGCUCAUUCUUUCACACAUGCCAACAGUUGUCCAGUCCUGUGGAAAGGCAGCCCAAACAGACAGUCUCAGAAUCGUACCACUUACUUGGUGUCUCUUCAGAGUGUACAGAGGAUGAACUCAGAACUGCUUAUUUGAAAAAGGCCAAAGACUAUCAUCCUGAUGGACAGAUGCCGACCAGUGAUGGCAACAAGUUUAUCCAAGUUCAGGAUGCCUACAAAACUGCCAUGAACCACAAACGGGGUCAGGCCAUCCUGACAGCAGACGAGGACAGGAAGGCUGAGGACGAGGCUAUGAAAUACAAAGCACCCCAGCACAGAAGAUACUUGACGUACGAGGGCAUUGGGUUUGGGCCCCCCAGCAGACGGGAACAGAUCUACAAACAGUACAGAGUGGCACAAGCCUCUGAAUCUGUGUACGAGCACCGACUCAUGAAGCAUGGGAUAGCUGAGGAUGCACUCAUCACCAGGGACAAAACUGAGGCCAGAAAAAUCAAGAUAAGCAACUUGAUAGAUCGAGUUGUCGAUGACCUCAUUCGGGAAUCGAUGCAGAGAGGGGACUUUGAUAACCUGGCAGGGUCUGGAAAACCUCUGAAAAACUCCGACUAUAACCCAUUCAUAGACUUGACCACUCACAACAUCAACAAAAUCCUGGUCAACAAUGGCUUUAAACCUGAAUGGAUUAUGUUGUCAAAGGAAAUCAGAGAUGGUAUUGCUGAAGCCAGAACAAAGCUUGCUGAUGUUCGAGAGAAACUGGGCCCGCCUCCAUAUUCACAGCAGGAUCAGAAGAGAUUGAUGUACCACAAAGAGAAGUUUGCCCAAAGUGUUCAGGAGAUAAACAAGAAGAUCAACAAAUACAAUUUCAUUGUUCCAUUCAUGGAGAAACAGAUGGUGCAUUACAAUGUGGAAUCAAACAUGCAGAAAGUUCUGGAUAACCCAAGGCAUUAUUUGUCAACUGAUGAGAGAGGCCAUCACCUGGCAAGCACAACGUUUCCACUUGCCAGGAAUGAUGAUACGAAGAUUGAGUGGAGGGAAGUUUGGUCAAACAUUAAACAGGUUUUUACUCUCAGAUAG